AAAGUGAAAUUUUCUUUGUUGAGUUCAUUGGUGCUACUUAAUAUGGGUUCUUCCUGACCUUGUUCUUAUAGAUAUAAAGCCUGAGGAUGCCUCUAUCAUUGAUAAAAGAAUCAGCUUCUUUGCUCGAGCCGUAAGGAAGAUAUUUAAUUUUUUUUGGGUAACAUGACUUUUGGGCCACCCUGUAGAUCACUAUCAACUUGUUGUCAUUGAUCGAUCAUGAUGUUCUUCAGGGGGACUACUGCUCCGGCUUACUAAAAUAUUGUAAAAAAUGCAGUAUCUCGACAGAAAUAAGCUAUAAACUUGAGCUCAUAUAAUCUCAUCUCAAAAGUGAUUUAUCAAUUGGAGGACUUCCUUGUGAGUUUUGUAAGACCUUAAGACUACAAUAUUUGUAUGAAAUUUUUCUAUACGUUAUAUUGUUCAGUAGAACUCUUGUAUUAUCUAUUUUUGUUCUAGGAUCAAUGGGCAUAUACAGCUGUUGGAAUACCAGUAACUCGUAUAUAUACAAUAAAUCCACGUGGUGAAGUUGUACGACAAAAAUUAUCUCAAGCAUUAUCGACUUCAUAUAAAAAUUUACAUGAAAUUGUUGAUCUUUUAUUUCCACCAAUGGAUUCAUUUUCUGCAAGUGAAACAUAUUCAGUAUAUACAUAUUGGCGUGAAGAACCAGCAAUGGAUCCAUAUGAAGAGGAAAUGCGUACACAAUUAGAAGAAAUAGCAAAACAACAAAAACCAACGAAAUCAAAUACGAAACAUAAAGGAUCAAGUGUAACAACACCAACAACAACAAUUGUUAAACCUGCAGGUGAAAAAUUAUUAACAAUAGCUCAAGCAACGGAAAAUACUGUGAAACGAGCAUAG